AUGGAUCCCCGAGCGGUGAGAGGCGCGACCUCGGCUGCGCUCGCCGCCAUCGGUCAGACGGGACACUCGAUCACCGACUUUGUCCGCGAUGUGCCUUUCGCACGCACCAAUCUGGACCCCUUGACUUAUGAGUUAUCAGACCUUCGCACGCUUCUUGAGCGACUGCAAGACGGCGUGGUCAUUCCCCCGCCGCUGCAAGCAUCUACGCUAUCUCUCGUGGGAGGAUGUGGCCUUGUCUUGGCACGCAUCGAUAGUGUCCUGGCUGAUUGCGGUGACGGCCCUCUGCGCAGCGGCCGCUGGGUGACCAAGGCUAAGGAUGAGAUCCGAGGCCUCAAGGUCGGACUGCAAUCGUCUCGCAGAGCCCUGCGAUUGGCGCUGGAAGUAGCUAAUCUGUCAGCUGCCAACGAGUUUAUGGCUGACCCCAAUGCCAUCGGCAUCGGGGCUACAGACAUCAAGCAGGACGCGAGCGAGCUUCUCAUCCGCAUUCAUCAGCUACGAGCGCGCAUCCCUGGGCCUGAGCGAGAUUAUCGUGGCUUCAACUUUGGAUUACUGAAGUCACUUGACGGAAUGGUCAGCUUUGUAGAAUCCGUUUGGGGAGAUGCGAUCACUGGUCGUCUAGAGAGGUCUCCAGUGGACCACGAGUGA